GAUCUGAGGGUCAUUCCUCUGUGGGAACAGGGAGUCACGGGCAAAGGUGUGGUGGUCACAGUGGUGGACGACGGGAUUGAGCACACACAUCCUGACUUAUCGAGGCAGUACGAUGCCGCGGCGAGCUACGACCUUAACUCAAUGGAUGACGAUCCAUUUCCCCGCGAAGAAGAUCCCAUUAACAAGCACGGAACACGGUGCAGUGGCGAAAUUGCGGCACAGGAAGACAACGACGUGUGUGGCGUAGGUGUCGCGUACAAUGCACGGAUCGGAGGUAUUCGAUUGAUCGAUGGCGAUGUAACGGACGUGCUCGAGGCCAAGGCUCUGGGACAUGCUCCUCAAUACAUUGAUAUUUACAGUUCUAGUUGGGGUCCUGAUGACGAUGGACGUACCGUUGAGGGACCCGGACCUUUAUGCCAAGCAGCCAUCCGCAAAGGAAUCACCGAGGGCAGGGGUGGCAAAGGCUCAGUGUAUGUAUUCGCUGGCGGUAACGGCAAACGGAACGACAACUGCAACUGCGACGGCUAUACAAACAGUAUAUACACGCUGAGUAUCGGCGCGAUCGACUUCCAGAACAAAUGGCCCUGGUACUCUGAGCCCUGCUGUGCAACGAUAGCUUCGACGUACUCAUCAGGUAUCAACUCGAAGAAGUACAUCACAACGGUAGAUAUGCACAACGGGUGCACGGCUGCGCAUUCCGGUACCAGUGCAGCAGCCCCUCUUGCCGCGGGUAUCUAUGCCUUGUUGCUUGAAGUCGCCCCAGAUCUGAAUUGGCGCGAUGUGCAGCAUCUCACCAUCGCAUCUGUCCGCUAUCACGAGGACGUGCAGGAUAUGAGCACAUCGUGGAGGAUCAAUGGGGCGGGCAAACCGUUUAGUCACCAGUGGGGCUUCGGUGUCAUCGAUACUACGAGGAUGAUUGAUAUGAGUCGCAACUGGACCUCCGUGGGCCAGCAAGAGACAUACAGCAGUGCUGUGCGUGAGGUGAACAAGCCCAUCACAUCGCCUGAGUCCAUGAGUGAGUUGGUAUCCAUCAUUAUAGUCAGCGAUGCGGAGAAGGUUAAGUAUCUGGAACAUACGACCGUCAACGUGACUAUCACACACCAACACAGGGGAAAGUUGGCUAUCUGGCUGGUCUCGCCUUCGGGCACCGAAUCGGAGCUGUUGACACCCCGGACGUACGACAGGAGCAGAGACGGGUUUACUGACUGGACAUUUAUGACACUGUUCAACUGGGGCGAGUCUCCCAUAGGCGAGUGGGCGUUACGUAUCAAGGACGGCUCAGAUGGAAGGGAAGAGGGUCGAUUAGUGCGCUGGCAGCUGAAUCUCUUUGGCUCAGAGAUCCCGUGUGUGCACGCAGAGUUGUGCCGCCCUGAUGCCGUGCCCGAGGUCCAGCCCAACCCUGUCCCCGAUGAGAUAUUGUAUGAUAUUGACCCGCCGGUAAACCCGAAACCCACACCGUCGCCCACACUCAGUGGCAGCACCGUGGCUGUUGUCGCAUCCACUUCAGCUAGUUUGUCCAGCAACUCAUCGACAUCGGCCGAUGCGACGUCCUCGGCGAAAACUGAGCCGAGUGUGUCCCCGCAGCCAAGCACCACACCCACCGCCAGCGCGAGCGAAUCGGUGGAGCAACCGCCUCAGGAGGGGGGUGACCAUGAGACUGGGAGUGUACCUGAGCCUACUUCUACCAGUACUGACAAGGUUGAGGGCACCGCAAGCAGUGGCAUUGGUGAGCAGACCACCGCCACUGCUGCUACCGCUGCCAAUGCUGCCGCUGCCACUGCUGCUGCCGCUGCCACAGCGCAAGACGGAGAAAUGGUCGACGAGGAGGUAGUGCCAGUCAGCUGGAUCUACUCGUGGCCUGUCGAG